UCUGCCACGAGGACACGGACUCUGGGCUCUCCUGGCACCUCCCUGGGCAUUGCUGCCAUCACAUGGGGCAUGGUGCUGUGGAUGCAGGUGGGUGCCUGGACCUACCACUACAGUGACCAAGGGGACUACACUUGGGAGCAGGCCAGGAAUUUCUGCCAGACCUUCUUUACCGACCUGGUGGCAAUCCAGAACCAGCAGGAGAUCGAGUACCUCAACAAGAGCCUGCCCUUCCACGGGCGCUACUACUGGAUCGGCAUACGCAAGCUGGGCGGCAUCUGGACCUGGGUGGGCACCGGGAAGGUGCUGUCCAAGGAGGCAGAGAACUGGGCCCGGGGGGAGCCCAACAACCGCCGCUCCAACCAGGACUGCGUGGAGAUCUACAUCCAGCGGCCGCAGCAGGCCGGCAAGUGGAACGACGAGCCCUGCAACCGGAAGAAGAAGGCGCUGUGCUACCGGGCCUCCUGCCAGCCCUUCCUGUGCAGCCAGCGUGGCGAGUGCGUGGAGACCAUUGGGAGCUACCGCUGCCAGUGCUACCCCGGCUUCCGCGGCCCUGAGUGCACAGAUGCUGUGCAGUGUGCCAAGCUGGAGCCCAAGGGAGUGUCCAUGAACUGCAGCCAUCCCUACGGAGACUUCAGCUACAACUCCACCUGUGCGUUUGGGUGCCACGAGGGAUUUGAGCGGCGAGGGGCGGGCGUGCUGCGGUGCCUGCCUUCCCAGGAGUGGUCAGCAAACAUCCCCACCUGCACAGCCAUCACCUGUCCAGUGCUCAGAGCUCCAGACCAGGGAGAGCUGAACUGUUCCCAUGUCCAUGGGGACUUCACCUUUGGCUCCACGUGUACCUUCUCCUGCCAGAGGGGGUUUGUGCUGAAGGGGCCGGAGAGCCGUGAGUGCACAGCCACGGGGAUCUGGACAGGGGAUGCAACAAGAUGUGAAGCAAUUGCCUGCCCAGUGCUCAGUGCUCCAGACCAGGGGGAGAUGCACUGCUCCCACCUCCAUGGCAACUUCACCUAUGGAUCCGUGUGUGCCUUCUCCUGCCAGACAGGAUUUGCCUUGGUGGGGCUGCAGAGCCGUGAGUGCACAGCCCUGGGGACCUGGACUGGGAACACAUCACACUGUGAAGCCGUCACCUGCCCAGUGCUCAGAGCUCCAGAAAAGGGAGAGCUGAACUGCUCCCACGUCCACGGGGACUUCACCUUUGGCUCCACGUGUGCCUUCUCCUGCCAGAAGGGGUUUGUGCUGAAGGGGCCGGAGAGCCGUGAGUGCACAGCCACGGGGAUCUGGACAGGGGAUGCAACAAGAUGUGAAGCCAUUACCUGUCCAGUGCUCAGAGGUCCAGACCAGGGAGAGCUGAACUGCUCCCACGUCCAUGGGGACUUCACCUUUGGCUCCACAUGUGCCUUCUUCUGCCAAAAGGGGUUUGUGCUGAAGGGGCCGGAGAGCCGUGAGUGCACAGCCACGGGGACCUGGACGGGGGAUGCAACAAGAUGUGAAGCAAUUGCCUGCCCAGUGCUCAGUGCUCCAGACCAGGGGGAGAUGCACUGCUCCCACCUCCAUGGCAACUUCACCUAUGGAUCCGUGUGUGCCUUCUCCUGCCAGACAGGAUUUGCCUUGGUGGGGCUGCAGAGCCGUGAGUGCACAGCCCUGGGGACCUGGACUGGGAACACAUCACACUGUGAAGCUGUCACCUGCCCAGUGCUCAGAGCUCCAGAAAAGGGAGAGCUGAACUGCUCCCACAUCCAUGGGGACUUCACCUUUGGCUCCACGUGUGCCUUCUCCUGCCAAAAGGGGUUUGUGCUGAUGGGGUCAGACAGUCACAAGUGCACAGCCACAGGGACCUGGACAGGGGAUGCCCCACGCUGUGAAGCCAUCAAAUGCUCAGCACUGACCACCCCCAAGAUGGGCCAGGCUGCCUGCUCCCACGUCCAUGGGGACUUCACCUUUGGCUCCACGUGUGCCUUCUCCUGCCAGAAGGGGUUUGUGCUGAAGGGGCCGGAGAGCCGUGAGUGCACAGACACGGGGACCUGGACAGGGGACCCCACACAUUGCAAAGCCAUCAGCUGCCCAGUGCUGUCCCCCCCCAGCAGAGGCCAGCUGAGCUGCUCUCAUGUGCAUGGGAACUUCACCUACAACUCCACGUGCAUCUUUUCCUGUGAGGAGGGGUUUGUUCGGAUGGGAGCAGAGAUGCUCCAGUGUGAGGCCACGGGGAACUGGACCAGGGAUCCCCCUGUCUGUGCAGAGGACGGUGCCUUCCUAAAGCAAGUCCUGGCUUACAGCAGUGGCUCAGCCCUGGCAGUAGCUGGUCUUGUGCUCUCUGGGGGACUCAUUGCCGUCCUUGCCAAGAGGCUCAGUGACAGAGAGGAGAAGAGGAAGCUCCUGAAACCCACCAGUGACCUGGGAGCGCCGGGCACUUUCACCAACUCAGCAUAUGAUGCCAAUCUGUGAGCCUGCCUGAGACUGAAACCUACUGUGUCCCCCAGGGCUGCAGGCCCAGCAGGAGCUGCUGUGGGAGCACACAGAGACUCCAUGCCUGUGGUUGUUUGUGGUUGUAGCCUGGACCAGAGCUGCCCCUGGACAUUGCCACCAUGCUGCGUGUGCAGCAUUCCCCUGGCAAGGGGAGCUGCCUCCAGUGCAGGCUGCUGGAGACCCACCAGGGGCCAAGAGCCAUGUGCUGAGGGCAGCCUGCCACCCAG